GGAACCAUGACUGUAUGGUGAGAGACAAACCAUCGAACUGGUAAUUUCCUUCCCCCAAAGGUAAAAAAACAUGAAUAUCAGAUGGUACAGAACAAUGCCAUCUAGACAAUCCCAAAAGCCCUUUAGGUGGAAGAGGCCCAAUAGUCGCAUGCUAUCCGAAAAAAAAAAAAAAAAAAAAAAACUAAUUUCCGCCGAGGAUAGGAUGGCCCAUUGAAUCCAAUUUUUUCAACCCUGGUCGUUUUAUUCCAAAAGAAAAUGAAGAAGUCUCGAUUGGUUGGCUAUGUGACAUAAACGCGACCGAUUCAAUGCAUCCAUUUGUGGAAUGCGGAUUAGCGAUGAUAGAAAUGGGAGUGUAAUUGUUCGUCAUCUGAACGGUGCUCGUUGGUUUGUCCUUCUGGGUUUUCUUCCCAAACCAAAGUAUAGGUUAUCCAGAGUAUCCUGCAACGGUGCCUUUAUUAUAAUUAUCAUUUUGAACAGUUCAGAAAAGAAUCAAAGAUGCCGUCAGAGGAACCAGACAGAUUGCUAUGUUGAAAACCACACGUCCAUUUCAAUCUACCAGAAAGGUUACCCAAACUUCCCAGUCUCCUUCAUCAUCAACCACCAUUCUCCAUGAUGGGUAUUUCUAACAAUUGUUCAACCUCUUCCGGAAUAUGACUGAUCAUCCAGACCUCUAUACUAUAAAUGGGAGUAUAAAGGCUUUGGAGAGAGAAAAAGUGAAGGAUGGAGAAGGGAGAAAUAGAAAAUAGAUGUCAUGUUGUAGUGCUCACAUAUCCAAGCCAGGGCCACAUAAACCCUCUACUCCAAUUUGCAAAACGCUUACUGUCUAAAGGAGUAAAGGCCACUCUCGCCACUACCCAUUACGCUGCCAGGUCCAUUUGUGCCCAAGGCGUGGGAGUUGAGCCUAUCUCCGAUGGCUUUGAUGAUGGUGGCUUCUUGCAAGCUCCUAGUGCUGAAGCCUACGUAGAGUCAUUCAGAACAGUUGGUUCUAGGACUCUAGGGGAACUCAUAUUGAAGCUCCAAGAGACGGGUUCCCCUGUUAGCUGUCUUGUUUAUGACUCAUUCCUACCGUGGGCACUUGAUGUGGCAAGAGAAAGAGGCAUUUUUGGAGCUUCAUUCUUCACUAACUCGGCCUCAGUUUGUUCCAUAUAUUGGCGUGUCCACCGUGGUCUCAUGGCUUUGCCUGUCCCACCAGAACCAAUGCCAGUGUCAAUUCCUGGCCUUCCUCCACUCAAGUCUUCUGAGCUGCCGAGCUUCCUUGCGGCACCGGCAUCUUACCCAGCUUAUUUGUCUGCUAUCUUUGAUCAACUUAGAGACUUGGACAAAAAUGAUUGGGUAUUUGGCAACACAUUUGAAGAGUUGGAAAGCGAGGUUGCCAAAGCCAUGAAAGGACUCUGGGCAGUGACGAUGAUAGGGCCAACGGUACCAUCAGCUUACCUAGACAAACGGAUCAAGGGAGAUACAGGGUAUGGAGGCAGUCUCUGGAAGCCACCCAGUGACGGGUAUAUGAAAUGGUUGGGAAGGAGACCACCCAAUUCAGUAGUGUAUGUGUCUUUUGGAAGCAUGGCAGGAAUCGCAACAGAGCAGAUGGAAGAAGUGGCAUGGGGAUUAAGAGAGAGUGAUCAGUAUUUUCUGUGGGUUGUGAAAGAGUUGGAGCAUGGGAAGUUGCCUGACGGGUUUGUGAAUUCCAUACAAGAAAUUGGACUAAUUGUGAACUGGUGUGACCAGCUUGAGGUUUUAGCCCACAAGGCUGUGGGUUGCUUUGUAACACACUGUGGGUGGAAUUCAACAUUGGAAGGGUUAAGCCUUGGUGUGCCAAUGGUGGGAGUACCACAGUGGUCGGAUCAACCAACAAACGCCAAGUGUGUGGAGGAUGUGUGGGGGGUCGGUGUGAGAGCUAAAUCUGAUGGUAGUGGUAUUGUGAGAAGGGAAGAACUUAAGAAAUGCAUAAGGGAAGUAAUGGAAGAAGAGAGAAGCCAAGUGAUUAAGAGGAAUGCCAUUAAAUGGAGAGAGCUAGCAAAGGAAGCAAUUAGUGAAGGUGGGAGCUCUGACAAGAAAAUCGAUGAAUUUGUGGAGAGAUUAUUGAAUGUUUAAGGGGAUUAAUUGACUGAUGCUUAGUGUAUGUUUCCUUAGUGUCUCCUGUAAGUUGUGAUAUUAAGCCUGUGCCCAGUAUGCUUUUUAGGCUAUGUUUGGAAGCCAAGAAAAGAAGAAAAAUGAAAUUGAGGAGAGUGAAAGACCACAUCAUGAUUUUUGUCUUAUUACAUAUUUUUUUUCUUUUAUUUUCUUUUCUGCAUUUUUAAUGACUGAUAUGAGAAAAUGGCCAUAAAAGGAUACUUGAGUGCAACCAUGGCUGACUCUCAAAAAUUGUCUCAGAACCAGGAUUAAUUGGAAUCAGGGUCCAUGGAUUCUGAGGUGUACAAAGUGACAACAAAGUUUCUAUGCCGUUUCUGGAUGUACUUCGCCUUUGUGAAUUAAUUUUCAGUGUCUUAAGAAACUCUCCUCCUUCCAUUGGUAUCAUUCUGAUAAUUGCAUUUGCAGGAAAAUAUCUCUUUGUAAGGAUAGAGGUCUAAAAUGGCCAAGAGAAUGCACAAAGUGAGGUGUAGCUCAUAUAUAACACUCAUUGUUGCAAACAAGAUCUGCAAAUGAAGUAUGAAACAGCCUAUUUGUUGGCAUCCCCUGGCAUGUAAUAUUCACUGUUUGUAUCUACUCCUCUCCACCAACAAAGGU